AUUUCCGAAUAUUAAUCACCAGGUGAAAUGAUAAGAGUUGAUUGAUGUAUUUGCGUAGGCCGGCCGAAAAAACCCUAAAUCAAAUGAUUUUUCGAAGUAUUUCUGCCCCAGUUUCUGGAAUACUAUUUUAGGCCACUCCGCCCUUCUCCGAAAUUUAUUAUAGUUUCGAAAACUUCCAAUUAAAUUUAUUAUACGAACAUUUCCGAUUCGAACGAGUGACUACAGCAUGUUUUACGAGACUUGCGCCUGAUGUUUGUUCUUAAAUAUUGUUGUUUAAUUGUUAUUUUUUCAAAAACAAUUAUUAUGUCUAUAGGUAUUGGCUUUUUUCAAGGGGUGUACAAUCGGAGUAUGUAAUAUUGAUUGCAUUUUUCUGGCGCAGUACAAAUAAACGAAUCACCCUGUGUAAAAACCAGCCCUUGUAACUUUUUACGAAAGUUGGCGAAAUUAAUGGUGGGGCAAUUGCUUUUAUUGGGACAUUUUGUGAUGAAUGAAACGUAGAAAGUUGGCAAUGAAGUGAACUCGUGUUGUGACUCCGCCCAACAGGUGAACUAUGCGCCAAAAUGGGCGGGGUUUAGCGGGGAGGAGUAUUGCAGUUGUGUUGAUUGUUGUCUUGUUAAAAAAAUAAUUUAGGAAUUGUUUUUUCUUGGGAUGAUCGCCGGAUUUGUCCUUUCAGGCAACCGAGUUGUCUCGUUGUUGUGGGGAGUUUCGAUGUUGUUCAUGCGCAGCUACGUCACGUAGUAUUCAAGCUUCUGUCAAAAAUAUGUGUCAAAUGCUGUCUUGUGUUAUUUACGUAAAUAAUUGUCUGUUGUAAAAUAAGAUAAUAAAUUUUAUAAAAAGUUGCGAAUUAUAAAUGAACUAGACAUAUGUUUAAAGUGGAAAAUGUUAAAGUUUGGCUCCAAACAUGACAGUAAUAUUGUUUACAAAUGCACGGUCCGAUUAUUGGAAGAUACGGAAAUCCUAGAAUGUGAAUAUAAGCCCCACCAUAAGGGUAAAUACUUGUUGGAAUAUGUGUGUCAACAGUUGAAUUUAGUAGAACAAGACUACUUAGGGCUCCGCUAUGUUGAUAUUCAAGACCAAAGACACUGGCUGGACUUAGGGAAAUCAAUCUGUAAACAAGUCAAAGAUUUGGAUCCGGUCCUGUUUAGUUUUCGUGUUAAAUUCUACCCUCCUGAUCCAUUCCGCCUUAAGGAAGAAAUAACACGUUACCAAAUAUUUUUGCAAUUAAAACGAGAUCUACUACAUGGGCGCUUAUAUUGCGCCACGAACGAAGCCGCAAUGUUGGCAGCACUUAUCUUACAAGGUGAAUUGGGCGAUUACGACCCUGAAAUUCACGUUGGAAAUUACAUGAGCGAAUUAAAAAUACUACUUAAACAGACUGAAACCAUAGAGGAGAAAGCGAUGGAAAUCCAUCAGAAGCAACUCAAAGGCCAAAGCCCCUCGCAAGUGGAAAACACCUUCCUCAAACUGGCCUGCCAACUAGACGCCUACGGAGUUGACCCGCACCCAGUGAAGGACCAUAAAGGGAGUCAGCUCUACUUGGGCAUAAAUUAUGCCGGAAUUUUGACAAUUCAAGGUAGUAGAAAAACGCACCACUUCCGGUGGCCCGACAUACAGAAAAUCAACUACGAGGGAAAAAUGUUCAUAAUCCACCUAAAUUACAAUGAUAAAAAGCAUACGGUUGGUUUUAAAUGCCCCACGGGCGCCGCCUGUCGCCACGUUUGGAAAUGUGCCGUUGAACAAAUGCUAUUUUUCACUUUGCCGGCAAGUUCCGACGCCCCGACUGUGAGCGGCGGUGGGUUCUUCUCAUGGGGUACGAAGUUCAAAUAUACAGGGCGUACUGAAAAGGAAAUCCUGGAAGACAGCGGCUCCCCAACACGGGAGGAGCCCAGCAUUCAACGCACGUCCAGUUUGAGGCGUAAAGCGUCCAGUGUACCUGCAACUCCUUCAACCCCCCUUCAGCCCCAUUUAGGUUAUAGUAGUCUGCCGAGGUCGAGUCAUUCGGACGCCGGAGGCUCCCGAAUGGAGUCUAGUAAUAGUACAGGGUUGCUGUCAGGGUUAGACGGGAACCCGUCCCAAGCUUACAGUGAUGUUGCUGCCUUAGAAACUGUUUCGGAAGACCAGGAGGCGAUGGGCGCCUCCAAACUUCGAACAACAGUAUUGAAGGAUGAUUCGAUGGAUCGCUUCAGUGAUUAUUAUUUCCGGGACUCGUUCGAACAUUCGUCGUCCGAAUCCCAGUUAAUUGAUAGUUACCGCGGCUACGAGACUACGAAUCCCUCUCAUCGCUCCAGUCGUAGCCAAACUCCGUUAUCUCAUUCUCAGGUUGAUGGUCGAAUUUGCCUGCCAAAUGCUACACAUAGUGUACAAACAAAUGUUAAGAAAACUAGAAAAUUUAACAUCGUGGGCGCGUUCAUACCCACGUUCAUUAUAGUAACGAUAUUUGUACUAAUUGCUACCGUUGUAAUGUUAGAAACUGAUUGUGAAUUAUUUGGUAGCUUUAGGAACAUUCCGGAGAUGGUCUCGCUAAAAUACCAAUUCUAUGAACCAAUUAAACAAUAUUUUCGAAGUAAAAUGUCGAUAUUUUUCUGAUUAUUUAAGCUCUCUCAUUUGCAUUUCGAAUUCAGCUUGAAGAACUCUUUGAAGUAGCAACAGAUUAGUUUAGUUGCAUAGAGUAAGGAAUCCAAUUAUUAAAAUAGUUCCUGCAAUACUAAAUCAUUAGACUAGGUUACGGUUUCUUUAACGACAAAAUCAGUUUUGUGUUCUAAUGGCUUUAAGCAAAAUGCACUGUUUUGUGAUACAUUCGUUGAACGAACUAAAGUGUAACAUUCCGUUCAGGGCGCUUCAACGUUAUUGUGGGCGUUCCUCAUUUUUUUAAUUUAUUGAACAAAUGUACAAUUUUUAUACAAAAGUACUCGGGCAGAAAUAUUUUGUUGGCAAUUAAAUUUAAGAAAUCUGUGAUCUUUUCUCAAUCUGCUGCUAUAGUAAUAGAAAUAAUCGUACAAAGAAGUGCAAUCAAAAUCUAUUUUCCGUUGAAUUUGUAACUCGAAUCAUAAUUGCUACUUACGCCAACAAUUUGUGAUUGUGUUAUACUUUUGUGUACACAGACUUGCUUAGCGAGGCUAUAUAAUUUUGUAUGUAUGUAUGAUGAUUUAAGGGGCCACAGAUUCAGAAGCACUUAGUUCAUCUAUUUUUAUACGUUUUAUUAUUUUCAAUUUUAUUUUUGUUAUCUUUCUAUGAUGUAACUCAUUUCGCCAAAUAAACUUAAGUCAAUUAA